AUGUCGGUUGAAGAGUCAUUAGAUAGUAUUAUCAACAACGAAAAACCAUCCCAACAUCAUAAAGUUACAAAAUAUCGUCGUCGCGAUCUAAGAAAUGGUCUUGCUGCGCGGAUGGAUACAAGAAUUACACCAAGACGGGAUUAUGGCCCACGUAUCCAACGAGAUGCUAUCAGAAGACAGGAGGAGCCACCGCUGGUCACCAAAAAAAGACUACGAAUUUCAAAAAUACCUCUCCAAACUUCUGACUAUCGCAUCGAAGAUCUCGUAAGGGAAAUUUCGAGUCCAACGCUUGUCAAUUUCUAUGACAAGAAAGAAGAGAGAGUCGCCGUUUUGGAAUUUGAGAAUGAAGCGCAGCUGGAAAAAGUUCAUGACGCAAUCAAUGGGAAAGUGGUGGACGAGGCAAAAGUCGUUACAGAGAUCUUCGAAAGUCAAAAGAGACAACAGAGACGCAAUCAAGGACGUGGUGAGCGUGGACCAAGGCGGUCACGUAAUGCAGACAAGGAAGAGGCACCCUCUCAGCCAACCGCUGACCAGCUCGACGCAGAGCUUGAUGCCUAUAUGAAGGACUGA